CGCCCCCGGAAACUGCCCUGGUCGGUCCUGGCCGGGUCGACUCUUCCUGGGGAGCUGGUUGCAACUGCUGCAAGCGGGUUGUUUGCUUGUUCUGUGAGCCACAGCUUCGGGCCAUGGAGGGGGACGGCCCCGCCGCCGCCGCCGCCGCCGCCACGGCCCCGCAGUACCAGCCGGCUUGCCCUAAGCGGGACGCGUGUGUCUACAGCAGCUGCUAUUGUGAGGAAAACAUUUGGAAACUCUGUGAAUACAUCAAAACCCACGACCAGUAUCCCUUGGAAGAGUAUUCCGCUGUCUUCAUAUCAAAUGAGAGGAAGAUGGUACCUAUUUGGAAGCAGCAGGCAAGACCUGGGAAUGGACCCGUGAUCUGGGAUUAUCAUGUCGUUCUGCUUCAUGUGUCAAGUGAAGGACAGAGCUUCAUUUAUGACCUUGAUACUAUUUUGCCAUUUCCCUGCCCUUUCAACAUUUACGUAGAAGAUGCCCUUAAGUCUGAUGAUGACAUUCAUCCACAGUUUAGGAGGAAAUUUAGAGUGGUCCGUGCUGAUUCCUACCUGAAGAACUUUGCUUCUGACCGGUCUCACAUGAAAGAUUCCAGUGGGAACUGGAGAGAGCCUCCUCCAGCGUACCCCUGCAUUGAAACUGGUGACUCCAAAAUGAACCUGAACGACUUCAUCAGCAUGGAUCCCGACGUAGGAUGGGGAGCUGUCUACACAUUGUCUGAGUUUGUACAUCGGUUCAGCAGUAAAAGCUGCUGAGCCUGAUGCUAGCAUGUGGAACUGGAAAAGUUCUAGCAUAUGAAUAAGCCAUCCUUGCAUUUAAGAGAACAGCAUGGUACAGGUGGUUUGGAGGUAUAUUUUUUCAAUUAAAUUUGAGUGGAAACAUGAAUGAACGCAAAUAUAAAUGAAUGCCCACUCCCCGCUUUUUUUAGCUUGGGAAUCUAUCCUGGAGUUCUGUCUCCAACCCGAAGUCAGUCGGUCCCCAGUCUCAGACAUAGACAGACAAGUAAAAUAAACGCUUUCUUAUUAAUGAUGUGCCACACGUGGUAUAGAGUUGCUAAGAUAUUCCCAUGACUUGUGUGUUUAGAUAUAUGAUGACCUAGGCCGGCAAUUGCUUUUGUUAAACUACAAGUAUGGACUCGGAACCAGCUCCUUUUGUCUGCUUUCUCUCUGCUUCCUGUCCGGCUAGACUCUAAACUCCUUGAGCACAGGGCUGUGGCCCGUGGCUCUGAGAAUCUCUGUCGCCCAUUAGAGGUACCUGUAAGAUGUUCCACAGACAGCUCUGCUGCUCGGAAAGGACAAUCUUGUGAGCUGAAUCAGCUAUAAGUAUUAGUCUUUUUGGACUAUGGUGUUUAAAAAAGUUGCAGAUAUUUUGACUGAGUGUGAUUUGGCCCAUUUAUAUGCAUAGUUUUAAAUAAAACUGACUUAACAUUA